AUGUUCAAAACAGUGUUAAGUGACGAUGAAUUUAGUUUACGUAGUUUUGAAUAAGUGCUUAUAUUUCUUGGAGAUCAAGGUAAUGUUUCGAACGAUGUACUUCAUAUUUUUCCUAACCUGGUACUACCUGGGUACGACUUUAGGACAACAGCUAAAAUCACCAUGUCCUGACGUUUUUCAAUAUGAACAAAACCCCUCUGAACCAGACCGAUGGUACGCUACUGUGACACUUAAAACCGAUGCCGAAUUGACUGGUGUAUGGUUUAGAGUACUGCUAAAUAAGCAGACUUUGCAGUUAGGGAACUGGUUGGUGAGCUCCCCGUAUAUUUUAACGUUGAGACUCAAUGCCAGACAGAUAUGUCCUGUAGGUGGUACCACUACACCUAGUCCGGUAGUUACCGGACAGUUAUUCACCAAUAAGCCCGAGAUACCGGACUCACUGUCGGGUGUAUCUGGUGGUACCUCGUCUGGGAUUAGUCCUACAGUGAUACAAAAACCGAGCCUUCCAAUUGGUUCAGGCGAUGAUGACUUCUAUCAAGGCGACUUUAGUUUAAUAUUAAAACCGCAAGGACCGUCUCCCGACCCGUUGACUGCUGAAUGUGGAACAGUUAUCAAACAACCACGACCUCUAAUAACUCACGGACAGGAAACAACAGAAGGUGAAUUUCCAUGGCACGCUGCCAUCUACCAUUCCAAGGGUAUAGAUUUAACGUAUAUUUGCGGUGCUUCCCUAAUAAGCGACUAUCAUUUAAUAACAGUAGCUCAUUGCGUCACUAAAAGGAAAAGCCAGAUGGCACUAAGUCCAAGCAACUUAGUGAUAUAUUUAGGAAAAUACUAUCUACGGGUAUGGUCGAACCCAGGUAUUCAAUAUAGAAAAGUAGAAAGUAUAAUAGUGCACCCGAAAUUUAACCCUAUGAGUUUUAGUAACGACAUAGCUGUUCUCAAACUCAGCAAACGUGCUGAAUUUACUGACUACGUCAGACCAAUUUGUUUGUGGGAGGGGAAUAAUCAAUUGGACCGUGUUGUUGACCAUAUCGGUACUGUAACAGGUUGGGGUUUCGACGAAACCGGUAAAGUAACUGAACAGUUGACAAAAGCGCAUAUGCCGAUAGUGUCACAAGAAACGUGUAUUUAUUCCUUCCCGGAAUUCUAUUCAAGAUUCACAAGCAGUACCACAUUUUGUGCUGGGUUCAAGAAUGGUACUUCGGUAUGUAACGGCGACUCUGGCGGAGGACUGAUUCUACCCAAACCUGGAUCAAAUACGCAGAAUACAGUGUGGCAAAUCAGAGGAUUAGUGUCCAUAAGUGUAGCUUUACAGAACAGGUUUCGAUGUGAUUCGUCUCAUUACGUUGUGUUUACGGAUGUUUCGAAGUAUCUUGAUUUUGUACAAAGUUCUUUAAAAAUAUAAGACUGCAUUUUUUAUUAUUAUGUGUUAAAAU